UACAUACUCCCAUUAACGACAAACUGCUGGUGAAUAGGGGAACAUUCAAAUCAAUACAACGCCGACAACAGCAACAUAGCCGAAUAGUUUUCUACAUCAAUUGUUAUAGUUUUCAGCACAAAGGGACUACCCAACAAGCAAUUGCACCUCACAUCAAACCGACGACGGGCGGACUACGAUGCCGGAGCGAUGUCUUUCCGAUUUGGCCCUUUCGCCAUCACAAGGGCCCAUUCAUCGGGAGGAGAAAAUAAAUUACCAUAAUGUCCAAAAAGUUUUUUUUCCUCCGCCUCGCUUCUACGGUUUUCGUAGGGGUGAUUUUUUGUGUUCCAAAAUUUUCGAUUUUUCUAUCGUAAAGUGCCCGCGCGCGCUCAUGUGCGAUCGUCGUCAGCCGGCAGUCAGUAGUGUGUGGAAUGGAAUGGACUCAUUAUGUUUGGGAACGAAAAGUGAGACACGCGUCCCUAAUGUGCAGCAGUUAUUAGGAGUCGAACCAUUCGAAUGCAGUAGCAGAAAGGUUUGUAGAGCGUACAAUGGGAUUUUUGGAAAAAAGAGAUUUCCGAAAAACGGGAGGGGAAGAGAUUUUUGAAAAAUGCUGCUGGGUGAGGAGAGCGAGGAUCAAAAAACCGAUCGGCGCGUUUGGAUUUUUAUAGAUUAGAUUUUGAAAAUUCUAUCAGUAUCAAUCGGGACCUCUACCCAAUCAGUGCGCAACAAAUGAUGAUGAGUUGACCGGAUCGGAAUUGAACGUUUUUUGUUUUGAGAUCGAUUUUCUUUUGUGACGGAGAUAAAUUAGAUGCACUUCAAUGGAUCGAGACUUUACUAACACAACAAAAAUGGCCGCCUCGGUUUAUGCAACGCCCCCGCCGGAUUUCAGCGGCGAAGAAGCCGCCAUGAGUGACACUUCCAACUCAUCGCAAACGAACAGUUCCAACAACUCCACACUGAAAGCAACGAAACGAUCACUGUCGUCGGCCUUUCUGAACUCGCCACAGACUAUCAAUACUGCCACACAGCUCAGCUCGGACAGCGCCCCGGAUCUGUCCAAGAAGCGACGCAAACAGCCCAUGCCGAGCCGUAUUUCGGCAAACGGUACGGAAGAGAAUGUGACUACUGGAGGGGGUGACGCGGAGGAAGUGGAUGAUGGAGAAGAAGUGGAAGCAAGUGCAAUAGAAUCGCUUGCGAAUGCGUUUGCUGAACAGCAAAGCAACUUUCAGAAGAUAUUUCUGUCUAAUUUGAGUCAAUUACAAAAGCAGCAUCUUCUAAGGCGGCAGCUGGAGGAACAAGCGGAAGAAUCUGCCAACGAAGGACUGCUACAGAACGGUUCGAACCCUAUCAUAUCUCUCAAAAGUCGAGAGAGCUUGUUCGAUUUACCAACUAUUGCCAAGGAAUCAGAUGUUAUUAAGGAAGAUUGCCAAAUUGUCAACGUGAAAACAUCGGAAGAACAUUCUAAAGAUCAAAAUGAAAAUGAGCCUAAGGCACUUGAUUAUGACAAAGAACCAACAAAUAACACUCACGAAACUGAGAAGAAUGACAACAAACAUGAGGAUAAAUCCGAUGAAAAUGAAAACAAAACCACAGACAAUGUCCAGAAUGGAGAUCAAGCUCGAGAUGUUUCAGAAUUCAACUUGAAGCCAGAGUUACUCCAAGAUCCAGACUGGGAUGGGGAAAUUCGCUCUACAUCAACCGCAAACGUUUCCAAACCGGAGGAUUGGCUCUCCCUGCCCGGAUUACCGUUUCCGUUCUCACCGGAGGCUGCUGCGGCGCUUUCCGCAUCGGGCUACAUGCCUCAGCUCCCGCUGCUGGGAAUGCCAUCGGCAUCAUCUUUCGGCUCAACCAACGACUCCAAUCGCCCCAACGUACCACCACUGAGAAUCUUCAACCCGGAAGCCUUUUGUGGGUUGUGCAAUAAAGAAUUCUGCAACAAGUACUUCCUCAAAACGCACAAGGCCAACAAGCACGGAAUCUACGAACCGCAAAGUGGAAACACUGAAUCUUUACCCAAUGUUGGCCCUUUCAAUCCUCUUCAUCAGCUCUCUCAGGUGUUCCAACUGCAGCAGCAGCAACAGCAGCAACAACAACAGCAGCAAGCUCUUCAGGAACAACAGGAUAAGGCGAUGCUCAAUCAGCCUAUCAACUCGGAAGGCCCGGCUUCGCAACAAUCUCAGAUGCGACCAACCGUUUCUCCCAAGCUGCCAAUGAAUUCCAUUCAACCGACAGUAUUUUGUGAUAUUUGCUUCAAGAAGUUCAGCAGUCUCAGUGCAAUGCGCAAGCACCGCAGCAAAGCUCACGAGCCUUCUGGUGGCAACCAGCAGCAGCAGCAGCAGUCACAACAACACCAGCAACAUCACGGAUCAGACAUGGGGUCCAAACCGCCGUCACCGACCUCCAGUGCGGAUCGGUUGAACUUGAGCUCGAUACAGUUUCGUUUUCCGGAAGGAUUCCGUGAGGAUUAUUCCAUCGAACAGGAGGAUGCUUCCUUUACACCACAGCCACGUAAGUUGUCGCCUCUGUCGAUUCAGGCCGCUCGCGAAGCCAACUUCUCCGUUGACAAGCUGAAGCGUUUGGGCGUUAUCAACCCGGAAGCAUUUUGCGAGAUAUGCUGCAAGGAGUACUGCAAUAAGUAUUUCCUACGCACUCACAAGCUAAAGAGACAUGGUAUAUUUUUGCCACCAGACGAGACUAAAGAGGAGCGUAGCCCGUGGAACUUUGUGCAGACGAGCCCGCUAAAUUUGAUUGUUGGCGGUGCGGAGAACCCUGGACUUCCGCCGCCGUUGAAAAAGAUGAACGAGAGGGAAGAGGAUGAUGGGUUGAUGAAGUCAACAGCUUUGAAGGAGGAAUUGUUGAAGAACGACGAUGGGAAAGACGGGGAGGAAGCUCAAGGAGAGGAUCUGGAUGAUAAAGAGGAGCCAGUCGAUCAAGAUGGGGAACCGAUUAGUGUAGAUCUGCAGAAGCUGCAGUCGAUGAUCAUGCAGCUGAGUGAUUUGAACAACCAACGGAAAAUGUCGUGUGGUAUUUGCGGUAAGGAGGUGGAAAAUCAAUAUUUAUUGCAUACCCAUAUGAUUCAGGAGCAUAAUAAUAUGAACGAGAAUAAUAAUGGGCUUAAGUCCCCGGCGGCUGGCACCUCUAUGCCACCAUCACCGAAUGACUUUGAAGUGUGUAAGCAGUGCGAUAAGGAGUUUUCCAAUGCGUUCAUGUUGAAGCAGCACUUGAUGGAAGUACAUGGGGCGCAGAAUGUCAGCCCGAAAAGGGAGGGAUUCAUAACUCCGGAUCGACCCACCGCUACUUCCAGCAUGGGUAUGCCAACGGGACCGAACUAUGGGGAAAGAAAGCCCACGUUUUCGAUGACACCUACGAGCAGUUAUUGUGAAAUAUGUAACAAAGAGCUGUGCAAUAAGUACUUUAUGAAAACUCACAUGCAGCGGAUGCACGGUAUCGAGAUUGAAAAUGGCGCUCAAAUCGGUGGCGUCGUGUGCAAUAUAUGUAACAAAGAGCUGUGCAGCAAGUACUUUUUGCGUGUACACAAACACAACACGCAUGGAAUUGUGGAGGAGGGAGCUCCUCUGCCGCAGCCGAGGAAUAACGGGGAACCAGCUCCAGAUCCAGAGCCCCCAUUCCCGGCAGACAGUGCACUGAAGCCGGGAGAGAUAACAGACGUUAGUAACCGGUACUAUUCACACUUUACGGAGGUUUGUCCUUUGUGUAGUCGUAGAUUCCGAAGCGCAAAAUGGUUGAGAGCACAUCUCCUGAGUGAUCAUGGGAAAAUGGGCGUUGAUAAGUUACGUGAAAUCGAACACAAGCUGGGCAGUGGCAGUAAAUCCAGCAGUCCUUCACUGAAGAUUCCCAACGGUGGUUUGAGUGUGAACACUUCCGAGCCGAAGUUCAACCCGAAAAUGGCAUUUGGAUUCAACUCUCCCGAUGCUAAAUUCCUAAUGAAGAAUCCCUUUUCUGGUUUGUUCGGGGCAGAUCCAUCCAACUCAAAUCUUGGACCAAAGGGUUACCAAUGCUCGUACUGUCCGUUUGCCACUCCACUUCUUCCGUUGCUGUUCAUCCACGAAAGAACUCAUACUAGUUUGAGUAUUGUCCAGCAGCAGUUACUACAGGAAGAAGAGAAACAUCAGCUCCAGUUUCCUCCGUUGCAUUUGCCAGUCAUCAAAUCGGAGUCAGCAGUUUCCUUGGCUAAGAACAAAGAGCCUUUCACGUUACCUACUUCAGUUCCAUCUUCGGAGACUCCAUCACUGACUCCAGCUUCGACUCCUGUUCCUUCGAUGUCGCAGGAAGCUAUGACCAUCUCAACAUCAACAGCUUUACAGCAGGAUACACCAUCGCAGCAGUCUCCUGCACGUGAAUCACCACGUGCUCGUGAGUCGCCAAAGUCUACAUCGCCAAGAUCCGAACAAAACUCCAUCCUCUCGGAAAUGGCCAAUCUAACCCAGCGACCGGCCGUUUAUGCUUUACCCCAACAGGCCGGACCACUUCUGAUGCAGUCGUUCCUGAUCGAAGAAUCUUCGUCAGCUGCUUCCUCCAAGGACGGCACCGACGAACAAGGAGGAGCAACGUUCGCCGCCGCAAACAGGUUUGUACCAGCUGUUGUUUUCCUACCUGUUAAGGAGCGUAUCCUUUCUCCGAUGACAAUAUCGUUCACGCUUAGCCCUGCCUAGGGGAAGGGUUCCCGAAUAAUGGCAGCGUAAAUUGCUUUUGUUCGUGCGCCGCCCGCCGGUCGCUUCCAGAUGGGAGCGGAACCGAGCAGCAUCUGCAGCAGUAGCUCGGUUCUAAAAUAAUGUCGCAGAGAGGUGUUUUUUUUGAAUAAGAAGAAUGAAAUCCGCAAAUACGUACACAUUCAUCUCUAGGGUAACCGGAGAGGAAGAAAGAAAAGAAAACAUUAAUCCUACUUAGAAGAAAAGGUGAAAAUAGCAGUAAGGAGAACAAAAUCAAAAUGUAUAAAUAUUUAAUUGCUAGUAGAUGUAUCGUUGUGUAGAGGUGUCUAUUCAGAAGGGAAGGUUCGACGAAGGAAAAGGAUUCACCGCAAAGCCGGUGAUAGCAGGCAAAUCCAUCGGUUACAAUUUAAUUGCAAAUUUGCUUGUGGAAGAAAAAUGUGGAAAGUUUCACGGACCGAGAUUAGAUCCACACAUUAUGUGAAGUUUGUUUUAAGCUCAUAGAAACAGUAAUUCCACACAAAUCAUUCCUUUGACAUCUAUGAAAUAGUACAUUUUCAACUGCAAAAAUGUCUCGGAUUUAACUUCCAAGCUGUGCUGAAUAAAAGCCGAAGUAUUGCUUGAUAUAGCGAAUUGAGGUAAAUCGAUGUUGAACAGUAUAUAUGCUAUUAGGGAGUUAUGGUACUAGCUGACAUAUAAUACUAAGCAUGCGAAGGAUCGAAGGAAGGAGAAAUCCUUGGUGAUGUUCUAACAAAGUUCCUAUUAUGAGUAAAACUAGCAGAAAGAAAGUAUCUCUUCGGGUAUGAUAGAUUUUUUAAGGAUAUUUACCACUGGCACUGGAGAGCUAAUCACAGUUUGUGUUAAGCUUGCAUGUAAGUCUGAGCAGGAAAGACUUGAAACCGGUCGAGCAUGAAUUAAGUUACCAAAAUUCAACGGGUUGCUUUCACUAAAUAUUGAUUAGUUUUGCUCAAAGGGGCACAAUCGUAAAUAUGCAUCAUGGUGUGAAUAACACUCAAUCGAUGGAACCAAACCAUAACUCAGGGUAAUCGAAGUACAAGUCAACCAACUAAUCUUUUAGAACAUGGAGUAGAAAUUAACCUACGAAUCUAGUCAAAUUUGGGUAUUAUUGUUAACAUUCCCAUGUCCUUUGGUUACCAAUAGCGGUGAAAUCAAAACCUAAAGUACAAUUUUAUAGAGAACACACAGAUGCAAGCGUUUAAGAUAAUACAUUGACAAACAACAUGCCAUGAAAUACCUCAACCCGAAAGAAACUAAUAAACGUUGAAUUGAUUUAACAAUACGUAAAACUAAAGAAACAAACUAGUCGUGAUUAACUAAAAGAAAAAAAAAGUCAGCAGGUAUUCUAUGCCAUUAUUGUAGAAGUAGAAUAGCAUUAGUCAUAAAGAACACAAACAAAACCAAAAGAGUUACCAGUUCACCCCGAACAGCAGAACAACACACUCCUAUGUAGUAUAGAUGUACAUAACCGUGAGCAGGAACCAGUAUUUUUAUUUCAUAUUGACAUUUCUAGUCUAUAGUACCAUUUGCUAGUCAAAAUCUUGAGCGUAAACCUUUAUCAAAACAAAUGGAAACCAAGUUUUGUUACAAAUAUUCUAUUGCUUCCGCCGUUAUUCGUAGAAACUAACACUCGCAGCACGAGAAAACUAUAAAGCAAAGUCAAAAUCCUCCGCACUUGCCCGAGGUAAAAGCAACAAACCAAGACAUACCUCGGAAGGUUUCGCCAAGCGAUUACCACACUGAACCGAAAAAGCACUCCAAAAAUAAACCGAUCAGAAGCAAAAUCCAGAAAAUGAACGCGUGACUUGUGGUGUGUGGAGAGCAUCACCCGGACCGGAAUUAUAGGGCUUGAGAGCAGAAAAAUCGGCGAUUGCUAUCGAACAAUAUAAAACUGUAAAACGCUGUGUGCCUUUUAGCAAUUGCUGACAAACUGAUAAAAGAUGAGAUAGAGAGAGACAGAGUGAAAGGGACGAAGCAACAAUAGCACUACAUUCGUCGGUAGAGGAAACAAACCAUUCAAGACAAACGUAACUUUUUUAGAACUUCGUUAUCGAAUUACCUUUAAUUAAUAAUAUUUCAUAUAUUUGUAAUAUUCAAUUCGGGUGAUAUAUGAAGUGUUAUAAUUAAAACUCAGACGACAGCAGAACACACUGGGAAAAAUUGUUACCUAAUAAAGAGAAUGCAAUCAGAAGUGCAUUCUGUCAACAAUUGUAAUAGAUACAUGUUUCAUUCAGACCAACAUCAGUGAAGAAAAACAACUUUUAAAGUCAAAAACCCGAAAUCAGGAUCAGAACUACACAAACUCAAUCUCUGGCGCUUGAUUGAAAAUCCUAAACUGAACAACGACCAAACGAAGAAGACCCAUUGAAAUCUACGUCAAAAAGAAAAAAAAAACUGAACCAUCAGUCUGGGAAACAGCCCAUCAUCGAUGACAUCCCGCCUCAGAAGCGUAGCCCAAACAACCAACGAACGAAAAAGAAAACACACAUCAUUAGAGCACCGCGUUUGUUAAUCGUUUCAACUGCGCCGCCAUCACAACCUGGGGGGAUUGUAAUUCUUAAAGCGAUCAUCCGUCGUCGUCUAAUUCAUCACUAUUAGGCACCUAUUGCCUGACCCCUGCCCUGGUUUCGACCCCCCGUUCGGAUGUAUAAUUUAUGAUUGUAGGGAAAUUAUGCCUCCAAAAUAUGUUCAUUGAGCACCGCCACUCGGCUACUCUCGGUGCGUCUUACGCACGCAUUGCCCCCUGUCCUGCAGUUUCUCUCUAUCGCUGACUGUCUUGGGAAGGGGUUCUCAUUGUUUUAAACUGACGGAGCGUUUUAGUUGCUACUGAUCAGCUUUGCCCUAUGACUAUAAUCAAUCUUCUUCUUUAUUUUAGCUCAACUCUGUAACUUGAAUAUGCCACAAAAGUUCAGCUUAUUGGACGCAGUGGCUUAAUUUUCCCAACAGGGAACAACAAAAAACUUGAAUAUCGUGUUUUGGCGAUUUUUGUGUAUGACUUCUAAAACCUAUUUAUUAAUCUUAUAAUUAAUUUAUUUUUGAACGAAAAUUUUCGCACAAUUUUUAGAAGACUCAAAUAAAUGAUCACAUUAUUUGGCACAAGGCCGUUUAACAUUACAUAUACAAAUCCACAUAGCCGAUUGGGAUGGGAGGAGUCUAAUUAUGCCAAACGGAAUUAUGCCAAAUGGCUCUAUGGGAAAUGGUCUUAUGCCAAAUGAAAAAGAGCUUUUGGAACUAGUAGUGUAAACAGAAAAAAACAACAUGCUCUCACCUACAUCAUACCAUAUUCUGGCAUUAUUACUCCCUUUGAAAUUGAUUAUUCUUUUACCUGUUUCUUUAAUACGGAAACUGGUCGUUAUGGAUUGCAGAAAUAUCUUAACAAGCUUUUUUGUCAAGGGUAGCUUCACAGGUAAGGAUUAGUGCAUGAAUUCCAUUCGUGAAUUAUGCCAGGAGUUUAUCCUAGCGUCAUGAAUUCGAACUAGGGAUUUCUCUAGGGUUUCCUUGAGAAUACCCAAAAGGAUUUCCAGAAGAAACAGUUGAAAGAUUCCAAAAAG